AGCAAUUUGAAAUUCAGCCACAAACCAGCCUGCAAAUACUCAGUUUAUCCUCAACACGGAGACAGGGAACAUCAUUUAGAAACGGCCAGAUCACGCAGUAUUUAAUACAUCUCUUAUUUAGGUAGGAUAUAUAAAACAGCAAAGGGUAUUUGCGUGUAAAAGUGGACUUUUAUCAUGGACGCUGUGUCCAUCUGUGAUGAGUGCUGUGUGAUAAGUGAAAUAAACCAGACGACGGCAGAAGGACCUGCUCCAAGUGAGAUCCCGAAGGUGUCAUUGUGUCCCCCAGACAGUGAGGAUGCAGAGUCUCCAAUGACUGACGUUCCUAUAGACGGGGAGCACAUAAACCAUCUGUCCACACCACCUUCCUCCUCUCAACUGUACAACCAAGUGUUGCAGAGUCAUGUGUACCAAUCACCUCGACUCAAGAGAUGCCCAUGUUGUGACCACCAGAAAACAAUUACAGACAAUGCUUGUCUGAAUCAAACAAAUACAGCUUCUCAUUCAGACUGUGCAAGCAAUGCUAUCAAGAGAGUUCACAGGUGCAGUCCCUUCCACCAGCCUAUAUGUCACAACACAUUGCAGUGUCAUUGGCUACAGGGAUCACGUGAUGGCAGUAACUACAAGCCUGUUCAACAUCAUGUGGUGACAGUCAGGACUGAGAGGCUCCACAAGAUUCCAAAGAACUACUCCCAGGUCAUAGUGGAAUACCCGAUGUCAGUUCUUAUCUCAUGUGCAGUAGUUCUCCUUACCUUCUCCAUAGCAGGGAUUUUGAUCGGUCCCCUGCCAGAUUUUUCUGAUCCUUUAGCAGGAUUUGAGCCACAUGGAACAGACAUUGGGAUUAGACUGGCAGCCUGGGCAAAGUUGCAGGAAAGUACUGGACCUGGGAAAGAACUAUCUCUGACAUUUCAGCAGUUUUUGGACUACAGUAUAGCACGUGAUCAUGGUACAUCCAGAGACAUCACCAGUAAAUCCCAGCAUCAUUUAAGACAUCGUUCAAGGAGAAUGCUACAUACAGACACUACUCAAAACACCUAUUUUUGCAAUGAUCCAGGAGAUCGCUAUGCCCAACUGGUUUUCCGCUCAGAAAACUCUGACAGUCUCUGGAGUCUGAAGGCAAUCUAUUCCAUGUGUGAAAUGGAGCAAACCCAGAUCCGCACAAAUGCACACUUCAAAGAACUCUGUCAGGUCAAAUUGGAAACUGUUGGCACCCAGAGUAAGGGAGAGUGCUGUCCAAGCUGGUCCCUGGGGAACUUCCUGGCUCUCCUCAACAAUGUCUCCUCGUGCUUCAGUCUUACAGCUCAGCAAGUGUCAGACAGUUUAGGCUUGCUCAGAUUCUGUGCCCCUUACUACCAUGAUGGAAUCCUUGUUGCAUCGUGUGCAGAGAGAAGCAAAUAUGGCUACUGUGCAUCUGUCCCACAUCAGUGCAAGGACUCUAGCAUUAUCUAUCAGAUUUUACAUUACAUGGUGGAUAAAGAUUUCCUGGGGCCACAGACUGUUGAGUAUCAGGUUCCAUCCCUCAAGUAUAGUAUCCUGUUCCUACCAAUGGCAAAAGGAAAUGCAUUAAUGGAUAUUUAUUUAGAUCACCUGGAGGGUCAUGAUCUAACAUAUAACAAUACCACUGUAACAGGAAUGGAUUUGGGGAUUAAGCAAAAGCUUUUCAAAUAUUACCUCUCAAGAGACUCCAUCUACCCUAUUCUCACCAUUCUUGCUCUGCUACUUACAAUGGCCUUAUAUCUUAGAUCAUUCCUAUUAUCAGCUAUGUCACUGGUUGCAGUCACAUUGUCACUUUUGACAUCUUAUUUUUUCUACAAAGUUGUAUUUGGACUACUGUUUUUUCCGCUUGUAAAUCUCAUGGCAGUUCUUGUCCUUUUGGGAAGUUGCUCCAAUCAAGCCUUCACCUUUAAUGACUUCUGGAAGUCCCAACUGAGCCAUAAUCCUCCAGCUGCACUGGAAAAGAGAAUCCACCAUGUCUUACAAGAAAUGGGUUACUUGAUACUGGUGUCUGGCUUGACAUCCAGCAUCACAUUUUACUCAGGCUGCAUAAGUAGCAUUACAGUGGUGAGGUGUUUUGCUGUGUAUCUUGGUAGUGCCUCUUUAAUCAACACACUUUUUGCUCUUGUUUGGCUCCCCUGUACCAUUGUUUUGCAAGAGCGAAAUGCUGCAGGAGCUUCUGCUUCUGCCUCUAAGCCAUCAUGGAAGCCAUGUUGCUCUAAAAAUCCUGGUGGAUUUUGGGAUACAAGUUCAAGGAAGCGUUGCCUUUUCACACUGCGACAGAAAUUUCGGGGUCUAAAACGUGGACUCUCGGACACAUCAAAUUUGAUUUUCUUAAAAGUCUUACCUUGUGGUGUGGUUAAGUUUCGAUACAUAUGGAUCUGCUGGUUUGCAGUCCUGGCUGCAGGAGGCAUUUAUAUCUCAUGUGUAGACCCUGGAAUGAAGCUGCCUAGCUCAGACAGUAGGGCAACUCAGCUAUUUCGAUCCAGUCAUCCAUUUGAGAGAUACGAUGCAGAGUACCGCCAUCAGUUCAUGUUUGAGCGAAUGAAACAAGGAGAGGAUGAACAUAUGACCAUGACACUCAUCUGGGGAGUCACACCAGCAAAUUAUAAUGAUCGUUUCAAUCCAAAAAGCAAUGGCUCCUUUACCAUUGACCCAGAAUUCAACAUAAGUAGUUCUGAAGCCCAAGUGUGGUUACGAAAGCUAUGUGAAAAAAUUAGAAACCAGACUUUUUAUUCAGCACCACCAGCAGACCAAGAUGCAGUGGAAGACAAUACUUGUUUUGUGGAAGAUUUAAUUCACUGGGUAUCUGUUCGCCGUUGUUCUGAAAAUGAGGAUGCUUUUAGUUUCUGCUGUAACAAUAUUACGUUCCCCUACCCUCCGAGCGUUUUUGAGUGGUGUCUCAAAAUGAUGGUGGAAAAACAACAGGCAGAAACACGUUCACCUAGGAAUGGGGGCAUUCGUUUUGAUUCACAAAAUCGAAUUGCAGCCCUUGUUGUGGUAUUUAAGACCUCACAGCUUUUCAGCUUUAACUUCAGCAGAACUUCAAAUUUCUACAAACAAAUCACGUCUUGGUUCAAUAAAGAGAUUUCUAGCGCUCCUCCUGGCCUGGAGAAAGGCUGGUUUGUGAGCCAGUUAUUGUUGUAUGACCUCCAGCAAUGCCUGAGCUCAGAGACUUUAGUAGUGGCAGGCUUUUCUGUAGCCCUUACAUUUGCAUCACUGCUGCUCACCACUUGGAAUAUACCUUUAAGCAUUUAUGUGACGUUUGCUGUAGGGGGGAGUGUUUUUGUUACUGUUGGCCUGCUUGUGCUUUUAGAAUGGCAGUUAAAUAGUGUGGAAGCACUGUUCAUUUCAGCUGCAGCAGGCCUCUCUGUUGACUUUGCAGCCAAUUAUUGCAUUUCCUACUGUCUGGCCCCACACACUGACAGAUUCGGUAGGGUCGCAUAUUCUCUGAAGAAAAUGGGUAGUCCAGUAGCCACAGGUGCAGGAGCAUACUUUGUUGUUGGGAUUAUAAUGCUACCAGCAACUGCACUGCUUUUCCGGAAGCUUGGAAUAUUUCUCCUUCUUGUAAAGUGUGUGGCUUGUGGGUUUGCCACUUUUUUCUUUCAGUCACUCUGUUGCUUCUUUGGUCCUGAGAAGAAUUGUGGGAAAAUAAUCAUACCAUGUGCAAAAGAGAGAGCCACAGAAAGUAUACCGCCAUCUUCUUCAGGUGCUGAAGCAGGAAACAACAAUCUGUCAGCUAACGGUACAUUUGGUUGUGGCACUGGCACAGGAUCACAAGGGAAAAGAAAUUAUAAUAAACAAAGUGGCAGAGCAUUCUUGUGCCCCAAUCAGCACCACCACAGGCAACACCAGUCAAGGCUAGGGAGGGAGCCCGAGCAGUAUGAGCUGCAACCCCUUGCCUGUCAUCUAAGUGACAGCUUUGAAAAUAGCACUUGCACCAGCAAGCUGUCCAACAGACCUUCUGUUCUUUCAGAUGACAUUGAGUUCUGUGGUCUAAGUCCAAAGCGUUAUUAUGAAAGAAUUAGCACUGAAUCUGUGAAUGAGGAAAUAUGCAGCAGACACCUCAAAGGUUGUGAAACUCACCAAGCUGUCCAGACCUCAUCCCCUUACAAAGGAAAUAAAACACGACCCAUAGUGGUACCUCCAGGGGAUACAGAGAAAGAAAAGCGUUUCUGCAAGAAAUGCCAUAGUGGCCCUGGAAUUAAACUAUGGAAUGUCUCCUUGUCGUCCUCUAGCAUGGAAGAUAUCACUGUCAUAGAGACUAUAAAUGAGACUACUAAAAGGUCGCUGUCUAUGGAUGGGGCCUAUAGAUGUCACGAACAUAAAAGACUUUUGUCAUGUCAGUCUCAGAGUUCCAUUGAGGGGCUUGAAGAUUCUAAUGAGACUUGUUUGAGUGACAUUGAGCCAGCAGUCUCAGUCACACCACCCACAGUGACUGAAGGAGAGCUGCAACCUGGUCACCUCAAUGACAAGAGAGAUACUUUGCGUCUGUCUCUGAGAGAAACAGUUUAUGACUCUGGCUCCCCAGGGUCUGGAAGGGGGCGGACAAGCCAGAGUGAGCUGCCUGUAAUAUUACCAAACAGUCAACCGAAUUUACCUGAUGUUUGGAUCAAGAGGGAUGGAAGAAGUGAGGACAGCAGUUGAUUUAAUGAAUAAAACAUAUUAACAGAUAGAACUCAAGUCUGUGCUCUUACUUUUACCACCAUUUAAAAUCCUAUACUUUUUUUUAAAAAAAAGUAUUUGAGGUGGACUUGUACAAAACAUCUGACAAAACAUAUGUCUCUAAAUUAUCAUUAUAUCUGAAAAUGCCUAUAACAGAUCUGUAAAUUAGCAAUUAUAUAGAUCCAUGUUAUACUGAGUCUUUUUGACAUGAAUUCAUGUCACACUGCUAUCUGCAAUUAUUUUACUCUUUGGACUGAUGCACUUGCAUGUCACUACAAUCGUGUGUGAUGGAGCUUUGGUUGCUAUUUCAUAACACAAAUAUUGUACAUAUCAAAGUAUUAUUGUGUGAGAGCAGUUUAAAUAAACCUUUUCAUAGAUGCAGUUUCCUCUUUUUAAAUAUUCUAGAUAAGGAAUAGGCAUAAUAGCGAUCUAGAAAUGUACUUGACUAUUUCUUUUGAAACAAUCCUUAUGGAAAAUGCAUAGAUAUCCAUCACACUAAUGGCUUGUAGGGCACAAUGUAUUGUUUUGAUACUAGCAAUGUCUACAGGUCGUUUAUACCAGGCAUGACUAGAUUUUCCUCCACAUGCACAUGCCUUUAAUAAAGCAAUAAUUCGGCUUCACAUGUGGUGGAGGAAGUGUGGGAACUGAAUCUAGAACACACAAAAAUAAAUAAAUAAAUAAAUAACUUUUAUUUUGACACUAAUUUUGAAUCUCCACAGGAUCUGAGAGCUUGGUAAUUAAUGAGUCUUUUAAAACAGGUUUAUGUUUUUGACAAAAUGUUUUCUUAAUUCAAAUUGCCAAUAUGUACCUUUCUGUUUUGUCUGGGGCGCUUGUUUUGACUGUGAUUUUAUUUAUGUUGAUUUUGUUCAGACCUCUGCUGAGAUAAAAGUUAAUAGUUUAUCUUUCUACUUGCAUGAUAUUUAGAUUAUAUCAGAUUUAUUGUUUCUUAUUUUACAAAUUGAGUGUUAAAGUGUUAAAAUCAACAUAUCAAAUCUACGAAUAAACAAAGCCAUAUAUUUGUAAAAUCUGAAAUUGACUUUCAGUUAACAAUUAAGGCAGUUAACCCUUUAAAUAUGUUUCAUGACAAAUGGUCCAAAAUAGCUAAGAAAUUAAUUGUUCAUUAACCAAAUGUGUAAUGCAGACAUUCCACAGCUGAUGUCCUGAUCUCCUGUGCUGCACUAACUUUUCAUAAAACAUCAUCUGAGUAAAACAGUCUCAUUUGAAACACUGAUAGGUUGGUUUAAAAUUCAAAUUUUAAAACAAUUUCUAAAAUUGCUAGACAUACAAACAUGAUUUAGUUCUAAUUUAGUUAGAAACUUUGAACCCCAUGAAGGUGAGAAAACCAAUAUCCUUCUCGCAUGUUUACUAUGAAAGUAGGUUGAACAUUUGUAGUCCUUUGAAAAGCAAACUUUACAACCUGAUGGUGAGAUGUUUUCAUUUUUUUCAUAACAGUGACAAAAUGCAACAUAUUAUUUAACUUCUGCCAGCAGCACUAAAUAUCUACCAAGUUAGUCAACUGAUAUCUGAUAAUGGUAUAUAGGAAAAAUUAUUUUCUUUUCUGCUCCACACUUUACUGUAUUGUCUUUAUAUGCUAUUACUUGUUAGAAUAUUGUGCUAUCAUUAGAGUAUCAAGACUGGGUUUCUUGCAGUGAAGUGUAGUGCUAUGUUGCGUGAGAUUUGGUCAUUACUGAAAUAAUUUUUUAAUUAAAAUAAACAUGUAAUUGUUUAGUCACUUCUGAAUGACUGGAAUGUAAAAAAGAUAAAACGCCAUUUGAUAAAUAAUAAUGAAAAAAAUCAUACAUUAAUUUAUCAAGCAUUCACACAUUGACUUGGAUUACUGAUGACUAUUGUUGAAUAUCCCUUGUAAUCCAUUUACCGCAUUUUAUUCAAAUGAGGUCAAUGUUAUGUACGUAUGUCAGCGACCAAAAUGUCUGGAAUGCUGUCGUAACUUUCUAGUGUACAAAUUGCCAAAUGUUAAAGAAAAAAAAAAAAAAAAGAGUAAUAAUUGUUUGUUAUAAACAGUGAUGUCACGUUUAAGAAACAUGCUGUUAUAAAAUUGUUUUAUGUGGAUGUGUGAUGUCAGAUUAAAAGUAUUAAGAAUGAACUGUUACAUGAAUGUGACAAAGUCAAUAAAGAUUUAUAUUUUACCAUGAGACAUGACCUGAAUC